UUUAUCAAAGAAAAUGAAGCCAUUCCUGGUGGGUCUGUUGGCCCUCGUGCUGCCCUUCACAAAUGCCCAGGUGCCCCACUGGGGUCCAUGCCCAGAACCUGCUACCCAACCUGCCUUCAACCUGAAGAAGUUCAUGGGGAGGUGGUUUGAGAUCGCAAAACUUCCAGCUCAGUUUGAACGAGGGAGAUGCAUUGAGACCAACUUCACUCUCACGCUGGACGGAUCUGCUCGAGUCGUGAGCUCUGAGAUUCUAAAGGGAGAAGUAAAAAGAAUCGAGGGAACCGCAGUGGUGGAAGACAAAAAAAAUCCAGCGAAGCUUGGAGUUAGUUUUUCUUAUGUGUUGCCGUACACUCCAUACUGGAUUCUGUCCACUGACUAUGAGAACUCAGCAGUGGUGUAUUCCUGCACCGACGUUUUGAGAUUGUUUCACGUGGACUUUGCUUGGAUUCUGGGCCGCACCCGAUCACUGCCUGCUGCCACUGUUGAGCACGGCAAGGAAGUUUUUACCAAUAACAACAUCGAUGUGAGUCGGAUGAUCCUGAGCAGACAGAAGGACUGUGACUAAUGACAUGUUUAUGUGGACUGCUAAUAUA